UAGGCUUUCAAUGCAAAAUUAUGAAGAUGCUGCUGUGUUACGCCAAGUUAUUGGAAUAUCGAGAAUGCGAAGAGCCACGUAACAAGCUAUAGAAAUAAGUCAAGCACAGAAGUUCAACACAGCAAAGCGAAAGGAUGAAGCGAAUAAAAUAUACCGAAGACUAUUUAUUUCUUCUUGACUGGACUGACUGGUCUGCGCCGCCUGAUUUGUGUGAAAAGAAAUAUCUUUUGCACUCAUCAAUUUGUUUUUACGAGACAAGAAUACAGAUAUCGGUUUGAAUUACGCUUUUCUUCAAUUUCGCUGCUUAAGCGUUCGGAACAAGCUUGAUUGAUAUGGAUAUCGACGCUCUUUAAGUCCCGUAAAGACCGAAACGUGGCAUUUGCAACAUUCCGACGGGACACCUUCAAUUUCCCUCGGCCAACGUUUACGUAAGACACGUGACAAGACGGAGUUGCGCCGUUUGCAACGUGGAAACAAGAGCGGCACAGCCUACAAUGAGAAACUGCAUCAGAGUGCAGCAAUCAGAGAUCAGGAGAGAGAGAAGGUGGGAGACUGUCGGAGACCUUCUUGCAAGGAGACGAAAGAGAGACGCCGAAAGAGCUCGUCCUGUUAAUGGAAGGAGACGAGGAUAAGGUGAAAGGGAACUUAUACGAGAUUCGCAGAGGCGCGAAUCGAGGAGGAGCUGAUCGCAGUCGAACAACCAACGUCCCUAAAUCCGUGUAUACGAGUAGAAGUCAACUACUCGACGUAGUUCUCUUCAGGAAUCGGAAGUGUGUCGACGGUCUUUGAUUCGAGCGGCUCUGUCGGUUUUUCUUUUCUUCGUCGAUUUUAACAUGUCAAAAUGUUAAUUGAUUGAUUACGCGGGUGUGCCAAUGCUUGAGGGAGGAUAAAUGAGAAACGGAAACGUUUCCGCGAGUAUUAGACCGUCACUAUCUACUCCCUCCUUUCCUGGUGUAUACGCACGAGCGAGGAAGCUUAUGCUCAGGUAGUCACUCACGUGCACAUUGACUGUUCGUAUAUAUAAACCUGGCUAACUCCGAAGAAACUUGCCCAGUCGUGUGCGGUCUGUCACCAUUCCGCUACAAUAUCAUCGCCUUCGUCCCGUUACCUCGUUGUCGGCCCAUCAGUACAUCGGACAAGGGAACCUGACACAUCCCGCAGAAAACGAUCCCGGUUAUUCAUCAAUUAUCCUGUGCCAAUCUAUUCGAUUUACCUGAACACCGGAUGGAGAGAAGUCAUCAAUUUCCGGAUGAUGAUUACCGAUGAAUCCAUCCAUCAUCCGAAGAAGAAGAUCCAGAAAUAUCACCGUAGAGGAAAUAUUAACGACAUAAUUCUCAACGGUAUUUAAAAAUAUUAUGCACCAAAUGAGUUGUCGCCAAAAUCGAAAUUUUCUAUAAUAAAGGACUCUACGACUUUCCAUCGUCAUCGAGGAGAAAUCUAUCUGAUCGUCAUCUAGCAGCACAAAACACCGUGCGAUAUCUUUGAAUUAUCUCAUUUCCGACACGAGAAAUCGCGCAGAAUCGCGACAUCGAGAAUAAACAGUGGCGAGUCAUUAAUCGUCGUCAUCGUCGGGAAAGAUCAUCCGGUCAUUGUCAUUUUGCGUAAUUGUGACAUGUGCCGGAUGUCGGAAAUUUUAUUUGCUUGGAUUUUGCCGGAUAUCUCAUAAAUCGUACCUGGAGAUAUGUCUGCUGAUCGCUUUAUAUUCCGGAGAUAAAUCAUUUUAUCUGUAUUAUAAAUCUAAUUUUAUACAUAUAAUAAAAAAAGGAACCAAAAGAAGACGAAACCUUGACUAAGAACGUAUGGUUUCGAUACGUAGGCAAACAAUUUGCGUUUCACGAAAAGUGGGAAAGAGAGAAAGAGAUAGAAAGAAAAUAAAGGAAUUUAGAAAAACGAGAGAAAAUAAACAAUUGUAUUUAAAUUAAAUAUAGAAUUAAACGCAAGAACAUCGAAGCAUAACAAUGUAAAUUGGGAGCAUUUAAUGUUCUUCAACAUCGUCUUGAGAAAGAAAUUCAAAUCUUUGUGAUAUCGAGAGUAUUGUUCAACAUAUCUACGUCGUAACACACAAGAAAAAACCAUGGGUCGAAUAGAGAAAGAGGAAUCGGCUACUGAUAUGAAGGAGUUCAGCAGCAGCACAAAAAUAGCUCCGACCGUUAUUGGCGAAUACAAAGAAAAAGAUGAACUGUACGAUCCUUUCGAGCAUCGUGAUAAGCGGAAUGCGACCUCGGAUCUAGGCGCCGCGACGCAUCUCCUAAAAUCCUCUUUAGGAACGGGAAUCCUGGCCAUGCCCUACGCGAUAAUGAACGGAGGGCUGCUGUUCGGCGGAAUCGGCACGAUUAUAAUCGGCAUCAUUUGUGCCCAUUGUGUGCACAUAUUGGUGCGUACGUCCCACAUACUCUGCCGGCGCACCAAGACCCCGCAGAUGACAUAUGCCGAGACUGCGUACGCGGCCUUUUACUGCGGACCCAAAUCGAUCAGGCCCUUUGCGAACGCCAGCAAAAUAUUCGUGAAUUGUGCGCUAUGCGCGACGUACGUAGGCGGUACGUGUGUCUACGUCGUGUUCAUUGCCACGUCCCUUAAGCAGGUCACCGAUUUCCACACCGGGAAGGACAUAGAUGUACGCUUGUACAUCCUCUCGCUGAUCCCGGCAUUGAUCCUGCUCGGCCAGGUGCGCAAUCUGAAGUACUUGGUGCCGUUCUCGAUGCUGGCCAACAUCUUCAUGUUCAGCGGCUUCGCGAUCACGCUCUACUACAUCUUCAGCAACGUCCAGUCGAUCGAACACGUUAAGUUGUUCUCGUCGGUCGAGAAGCUGCCCCGUUUCUUCGCGACUGUGAUAUUCGCCAUCGAAGGUAUCGGCGUUGUGAUGCCUGUGGCGAACAACAUGAAGACGCCGCAGCACUUUCUGGGAUGUCCUAGCGUACUCAACGUCACGAUGACAUUAGUGGUGGCCCUGUACGCGGUGAUGGGAGUGUUUGGGUAUCUCACAUACGGCGAGUCAGCCAAGUCCAGCAUCACGUUAAACCUACCCACCGAUGAAAUUCUGGCUCAAGUGGUGAAGCUUCUCAUCGCCGCGGCUGUCCUCUUUACGUACGGAUUACAGUUCUUCGUACCCCUCGAGAUCAUAUGCAACUCCGUUAGGCACUUGUUCAGCCACAGAUUCGCGACCAUCGGUGAAACGUUAGUGAGGAUGGGAAUAGUUAUGCUAACAGUGGUCGUAGCGUUGCUGGUGCCGACGCUGGACCCGUUCAUCUCUCUAGUCGGCGCAAUUUUCUUCUCCAUCCUCGGCGUCAGCAUCCCAGCUAUCAUCGAAACGAUCUCGUGCUGGGAAAAUCAUUUAGGCAUCUUUCGAUGGCGUCUAUUUAAAAAUGGCUUUCUACUUAUAUUUUCGCUCUUAGCGUUAGGAUUUGGUUCAUGGACUUCAGCACAAGAUAUAAUAGAGUUUUAUAGUAAAGAAUAAUAAAAAAUAAAAAAUAAAUUUUAUUUAUAUAGGUA